GAUCCACCAGGCUCGUCAAGGCAAGGCCGCAAACUUGCGCGCGGCGGGGUUUGGGGUCCAGGGGUCGGCAGAGAAGGGCCCCGAGAUGCUUCAGCGCGUGACCCUGGUCCGCCGCGUCUGCGUGCUGUGGAUGUCGUUGCAAAAGGACCACGCGGGCGACUUCGCAGCGGGAAGAAAGACGGCGGAGGGCCGGGCCCCGAUUCCGUCGGGGGCAGAAUUGGAGAACGUCGCCGCCGGGGCCGGGUUAUUUGCGAGGGCAGGCGGGAGGGCCGUCGGUUGAUCACUCUGCGCCCGCGCGAUCCACAUGCCCGGCAGCUGUGUGGCCAUGCCCCUGCGCGUGGCGGAGUGCGCCCCCGAUUCGGGAAGGCGGGCCGCCCCUUGGUUCUGCGCGCGCCGUUGGCUCGGGCCUAGAUAGUCGCGUGGCGCGCACGGGCGGCCGUGGCACUUAGCCC